UGUCAAGUGACCUCCCUUACUAACUUCCGCUUUUGUGAAAGUUAAAAUUUCAAGUCACUUUCUGUUCAACGUUUGAUAGCCAAAUGAAAUAUAUGGAGACAUCCAGCAGUGAAUGAUAAUUUCACUAUUUAACUUAUGAUGACUUUGGCACACUAGAAUCUGUAUUAUAAUACAUUAAUUUUCCCCUUCAGAAUGGCAAAACGUAACUACAGUGGUUCAUUUAGAGGAAGACCUCAGGGUAAUAGAUUCCAGUAUGGAGGACCAUAUCCACAGCAAGAAGUAAUGAAUGCUAGACAUUGCUUUUCUAUGCAGUUCCAUAACCAUACUGGUCGGGCCAUGAGAAGUCUCAAAAUGAAAAUGAGCGCAAGUAUCAAUUUCUUUCACAGAGAACAAAUAGAGUCGGUAAUUACAGAAUCAUUUAGUGCUUUCCAGGAAGACUCAGAUCAUGCAGAGGAAAGCAGAUCAAUAGAAGAAUGUGAAUCUGUUCAAAUGAACGAGAGGAAGAUAGAUAUACACACAUUAGAGAAAGGAGACCUAGGUAAAGAGUCAGAAAAUAUGGCAGUGCAUGUGUCAAACAUAAACAAUACAAUCCCUAACCUUAUAAAAUCACCUAGCAGUACAAACUUAAAUUCUACCAGUGAACCACCAGUUAAGAGACAGAGAUUAUCAAUUGAAAGUGUAACAUCAAACUCCAAUGAUAAUCAACCUUUGUCUAAUGUUGACCCAAAUGCCAAUAUACAAAAUGGUUCAGUAACCAUCAACGAAUCAAUUAGUUUUGUAGAGAAUAUAUCCAGCAGCUCUCAGAAUAACAACAUAGUCAAUGGUAACUUUGGUGAUAGCAUUGUUAUAUCAACUGAUGAUGAAGAAGAGGAAGAGGGAGAGUUGUCUAUCGAAGAGGAUGUUGACUUAUGUUUGAUGUGCGACCUCUGUUUACAUGUCAUCAGAGGUUGUGACAAAGAUAGUGAACAACAGAUGAAAAAUCAUUUCCUUGAUGCACAACAUAAUGCUGCCAGUCUUGUAGAAGCCAAAAUAGAAGGUGAUAAACUAAUUCCUAGGUAUGUUGAAGACAGACAUUGCAUGUCUAACAAUUCUAUAGAUACAAAUAUUUUACCACUGUGUCCUGAAUGUGAUAUGGUACAUGGAAGUAUAUGGACUUGUGCUUUGCAUUAUCAACAGAAACAUGAUGCAAAUGAAAGUGGUGUUUAUGGAUUAGGCAAAGUUGUUAAAAGGAUGGUAGUUGAGGUGUCUCCUGUACACAUUUGCCCAACAUGCAAACAGGAAUUUCCAAGUGCUAGCAAAUUGCACAAACACUGGAAGACUAGAAGACAUUUUCCAUUCUCAGAACCGUCAAAGAAACAAAUCACAGAGUUUCUAUGCAAAGAAUGUGGGAGGAAGGAGCAGUCUUUUAUAUUCAUGAGAGGACAUAUGCUUGGUGCACAUACAAAUAAAUAUAAUGGAACAACAGCAAAGAUGCAGAUAUUAUAUAUAGAGAAAACUUCUAGGCUUUGUCUACUGCCAUCAAAGCCAAUGUCAGUAGAUAGACAACUUGCUGACAAUAAACGAUUGUUUACAAAGACUGUAAAGGGUUUGAGUAAAUCCCACAGAAGACGAUUAAAGAAGUCAGUGCUGCCAUCAAAGGCAGAUAUUAUAUCAUACAAGAAUGGGGUAGAUUAUGAUGAGCACAAAAAUAGAUAUGAAAAAUUUGUCAGUAAUCACUUACAUUAUAACAGGUAUCACUAUACUGUACAACAAUCAUGAGGGCAACAUCUAUAGACUUCUCUGUAGAUAAAACAAAUCAGUUUGGGGUUUUAUGGGUUGUAUGUAUAUCAAGUGUUUUCCUUAUAAAUGCUCUUAAAUCUUAAUGCAGAUGUGCAUUACAACUUGUAAUUGUACAUGUUGCAUUAAUUUGACUAGUGAUUUGAUUAAUCUUUGUUAAAAAGUUUAAAGAUAAGGUAUUGAAUAAGGGGCAUUCCUCCCACCCCCCAAAAAAGGUGAAAAUUAAGCCUUGUUUUAAUCCACAGUUUUUGUCUUGUCUUGCCAAAUAUCAUAGGUAUGCUUAUAUAAUCUUGCAACAGCCUACUCAUUUGCACUAAGCUUUAUAUUUCAGAGGGUAGAAGACCUGGAUACUUUAUAUCUUGUAGAUUUGUAUACAGAUGCCUUAUGUUAAGUUCUAAUAAAUGCUGCCAAACGUGUGUGUAAUCUACUUUAUGUUCUGAAGUUUCUAUCUGGCAUAUGUCUGUUGUUCUUAACCUAUUUUCAUGGUUCAUGGAUUGUUGCAAUAUGAUGACUAUAUUUGGUACAUAUAGAAUCAUAUCAAGGUUAUGUCCGUCAGACAGGUUUGACAUGACCUUGACCACAUUUGAUGGAUCAGUGAUCAAAGUUAAGUUUUUUGGGGAAGUUUAUUUCAUUAGAUACUAUAAGCAAUGGGUCAACUUUAUUUGGUGAAUGGAAUGAGUGUAAGGUGUACAUGUCUGUCUAACAGGGUUCGCCUGACCUUGACCUCAUUAGUCAACUUUGUGUCUAUUUCUCAGAUACUAUCAGCAAUAGGUGAACUUAUUUCACUAUUUGGUGUAUGGAAUGGUUAUAAGGUGUGCAUAUGUAAAAAUUAGAAGUUGUCCAUCUGGCAGAGUUCAUCUGAAUUAAAAUAGCUACUUUUUUUGGUCAGUGUGAAGUUUUUGUAUUGUAAUUUCAAGUCCUUGAAAUUUAGAUUCUAUACACAAUAGGCCAAAUAUAUUUUAGUGUAUUGGAUACAUUUUGUACUUUAAAGGUGUACAUGUCUGUUUGGGAGGGUUCAUAUAACAUUGACCUCAUUUUCAUGGAUCAUUGAUAAUGUCAUGUUUAUGUAUCUACUUGCAGUAAAACAUUUUCAUCAUGAAUUCAAUGAUGAUCAGUAAAGCAGGGAACAACUUUCAGAGUGUGCAACCUUGUUUAAGGAUUAUAUCUUAAAUAAAACAAAUAUGUUACCAUUUUCCUCAUUUUGUGCAGAUAAAGAAACUUUAAGCCUCUUUGAAGUUUCACUGAAAAAUUAGCAAGAUUAUAUGAAUGUAAAAAAACUUUUUUUCUUUCAAAAUUUAAUAUCUAAUUUCUUACAACUUUUUUUUAUAUUUUAUCAUAUGGUAUACAUAGUAUAAGGUCCAGACCGUCAUCCUAUUCAUUUACCAAUUGAAAUAAUCUAAUGUAAAAGGAAUAAAAAAAAAACAAAAAUUCUAUUUAGCAAUUUCAGGGACUCUUACAAUACCUCCUUCUUUAUUGUGAUUUAUUUUCUGAUGGGUUCAUGAACAAACAUUUUUGACCUUGGGCUUCCAGUGUAAACUCAUUUGACUAUUCUGACAAAAAUGAGAUAAGCAUCUAGGAUUUUAAAAUCUCUCAGUUUGAAAUCUGUCCCAAUCUUGUUCAAUUUCUCAACAUUUGCAGUUGCAUAAUGGUAUGGUGCUGCAGACAAAAUUGUUUUAUAUUGAAAUAUGAAUUUUAAUUUACAUGUUAAAGCAUGUGUGAAUCAAAAGGAGAGAUGGGUUACAACUUACAAGUCAUUAAGACAGCAACCCAUGAUACAAAAUCUUAACGACGUCUAAUAAACAUGUGCUUGAAGGUGUCACAUUACAUUUACCGUUCCAAUACCAACAGUUCAUGUUAAAAAAUUUAAGUUAACCCAUCUUAGGACUGCCUAUAUACAUCCAAAUAGGCUUAAUUGAUAAGGGGUGUAAAAUUUUCUAGGUCAUCCCUGAAUGUAUGAAAGUCAUUAUUAAUUGUUUUAGUUAUCUUACAUCAUAUAAACAUGAAAAUUAAGGUACCAUGAACACAAUUAUUGAGGAAUCAAUUUUAUUCAAAGUGAUUUUUGUACAGGCAAACACCUGAAAGGGUUCAACCAAAUACAUAUUUCCUGAAGGUUUGUAUUUUUGAAUUAAUUAAAAACCAAGAAGAAUGAAUUACAAAUUUUCCUCACCUACCUAAAAUUCAGUUUAUUCAGUAAAAUCUGUUCAGUGAUAUUUAUAUUUUAUAAUAAAACACACCUUAAUGUUUGUUCUGCCAUUAACAUUGUUGCAGAACUGUUGAAAGUGAACCAGCUGGCUGGAGUAACAUAUUUACAUGAUUUCACCUGAGUGAUUUGGAUUCCAACAGCUUAGAAUUUUAAAAGAAGGCAUAGACAUAAUCCAAUUGUAACUCAAAACUUUUUUUUAAAUAAGUAAAAUUUAACAAAUUCAUAACAAAAAGAUUUAUUCACAUAUACCAAAUUUUUUCUGUCACAAUGUAAAUUUAAAGAGUAAUGUCCCUUUCUCAUACAGUUUCCAGAGGUAUAUUUAUUGAGACUUUGCACAAAAUAAUAUCCCUAAAUAUGACAAUUUUACUUGCCUAUUUUGUAUUCAAACUUUUGUAAAUAAUAUAAAAUAUGAUGUAUAAAGUUUAUUGAACAUUGAACUUUAAUAAGAAAAAUAAAGUUAGUUCAGUUA